UAUGAUUGGCAGAUUCGUAGGUGCUUCAGUAGGUAAAUAGAAUAUGAAAUUACUUAAGCUCUUUUUGGUGUGGCAGCAUAUGGAAGUUAUAAAAUAAAUGAAGCAAAGUAAUUUAAGGAAUUGUACUUUGACACUCUUCCUGAUAAAAGAUAAUAUUUACUAUAACAACAUUAGAAUGCUGCUUAUGUUUAUGAUCCUACAUUUGAUUCUUACGAACAAACAAGCAAAAUUGUAAUACUAGUUAUAACCUUAGUAAUCAUAUCGAAAAACAAUAGUGGGACUUUGUUCAGGCAAAAUAUUAGAAACUGGUGUUGGGACUUCUAGGAAUCUUAAGUAUUAUCCUUAAGGCAGUGAUGUAACUGCUGUUGAUUGGAGUAGUAAUGUCUUAGAGGUGGCAUUAUUAAAAUCAGCUUCAAACAUUAACAUUUCUUAUAGAUUGGAAGAUGUAGAGAAUAUGAGUUUCAAAGAUAAUACUUUUGAUACGAUUUUAGAUACUUUUGGAUUAGAAUAUUAUCUAAAUCCUGAAAAAGCAAUAUCAGAAAUGAAAAGGGUUUGUAAACCAGGUAAAAUGAAUUUGUAUAUAUAGGGCGGCAAGAUAUUAUUACUUACAUCUGGUAAAAGCACUUAUGAC